AUGCCUUCUUGGUUCCCAGGCGCAGGGUUCAUCAAAACUGCACAGGGUUAUAAAACAAAAGCAAGGGAAUUCAGCGAUAUACCAUUUGCGUUUGUGAAACAACAAAUGAAGAAUGAGAAGUUUGUUCCGUCUUUUCUCUCCAAUAUUCUUCAAGAGAAUCCUGUACGCCCUGGGUCGGAAGAGGAAAAUAUCAUCAAAUGCUUCUUCCUUGCCAUGGCUUUUUUCCCGGAAGCUCAGAGAAAGGCCCAGCAGGAACUCGAAACAGUCAUCGGCACGGGUAAACUGCCAGAGUUUAAAGACCGAGAGAAUCUGCCUUAUAUCAAUGCUUUGGUUAAGGAAGUCCUCCGAUGGCACCCAGUUGUUCCAAUGAAUGUAGCCCAUGCGUCAAUUGAGGACGAUAUGUGUAAUGGAUAUUUUAUCCCUAAAGGCUCCGCAAUCCUGUCAAAUUUGUGGGCAUUUACGCACGACCCAAGUGUUUACAAUGACCCAAUGAGCUUCAAGCCAGAGCGUUUCUUGGAUAUACCUGAUGGACAUGUUCCUGAGAGGGAUCCUCACCUGUUGGUGUUCGGAUUCGGUCGUCGAGCUUGCCCAGGGCGAACCCUGGCGGAUUCGAAUAUCUUCUUGACUGUUUCACGAGUUUUGGCAGUUUUCAACAUCACGAAGCCGAUAGAAAAUGGCAAAGUACAAGACGUUAAUUUGAACUUCCUCCCAGGAGUCAUCAGCCAUCCUGCUCCUUUCAAACUGUCCAUCAACCCCCGAAGUGCUGCUCAUGUGGACCUGAUCAAAUCGGUAGAGCAAAAGUAUCCGUGGGAGGAAAGUCAUUCUCAAGCUCUCUCUGGCUUGCAGUAUUGA